AGCGGAAGAAGUGAAGAACAAAGGCGGAAGGUCGAAGACAGAGGAAGAAGAAGAUUUGCGUCGCGCCGUCGCCUCACAUAUACGCCGUCCAGCACUUCUCCAUCCACUAAUUUCACUUCAGUCUUCAGGGUUUUGGGCAAUUCGCUGCAGCAGUCUCUACCAGAUCGAAAAUGUCGAAGAAGAACAAUUUGGCUCUCCGUAGAAAGCAACACGAAUUCGAUCUCCAAAGAGAAAAGCAAGCGAAGGAACAGAAGGAGAAGAAGCUACAAGCCAAGAAGGACAAGAUGAAAGUGGAUGGGAAGAGCAAGAAGAAGGGCGGCAGUAAAUUCAAAGUUGGGAAGAAGAAGUUGAAGACGAAAUUGACGCCAUUGGCAAAAGCCAAAGCUGCACAAGCUAUGGAGGUUGACAAUUAGGAGCACUUGUAAAAUGGUUGUUUUUGUCGUUGUUGGUGGUAAGAGGUCUACAUACUCACAUUUAUCUUUGAAUCAUAAUUGGAUUGGAGUUAACUCAGCCUGCUAGCUUUUCACCUAU